AUGAUUCUUUCGCAAUUAGCUGGCAUUGCGCCAAUGCCGUUUUCUGAUGGCGACAACUUCAAAGGACUUCGUGAUUAUGCGGAGCAAUUAAUUACCGGCGAUGAAGAUUCUAUAAAUCAACUGCGGAUGAUUGCUCGCUGCAUGUUGGCCUUUCCAAAAGAAACUUGUGAACAUCCGGAGACCGUAGAAAUUUUUGUAGACCAAAAAGCGAACGUUCAACUCCAAAAAGAAUUCUUCACAUGCAUUGAAGUGGAAUGCUUCAAAGGAAAAGUGGAAAAGGAGAUUCUCGAAAUCCUUAAAACGAAAUUUAAUAAAUCCGGAAGAACAAUAAACCAUAACACCGCUGUCUACUGGAUCACUAGAUUUCGCGAUCGUCAAGAACGAGCAAUCUUUGAACAAGCUCUCAUCAAAUAUAUCGAAAUCAUCAAAAUAAAAGAAAACGAAGAUCCACAAAGAGAAGUUGCUCUUCCGGACGUUUACCAACUCUACACCUGCGCACUGGAUGCUCAUCUUUUCGGCCGAUAUCGCGAAGCUUUUGCCCUUUUGAAGCCCACAAUGCCAUUUUUGGCAACAAGCCCAAUUUUAUGGAUUCGGAUAACGGAAGCAUGUAUAUGCGAGUUUUACGAGGAAACCUUCAUGUUCACAGACACUUAUGAGCGGUUAUUUUUCAACAAACCUAGAAUAAACGAAUUGAGCAAUCGAAGGAGUUUCAAUGAAAUGAGGCCGCGUCAUCCCGAUAUGACCCCACAUUAUGCCGAAUCUGCCGCAUGUAUGGCUCUGACGAUGGCGAAAUGCUCGAAGAAUCCUGUUAUACAGUACAGCGCCGCACAGAAUUUUGCGUUUAUGAUGCUCAAACUUCGGAAAUACAGAGAUGCUCUUGACAUUAUUCAAUGGAUUGUGGUCACAAUUGGGAAUCGAGCAUUACCAAUGGCACAAAUGUCUAUAUUAUUACUAUAUAAGGCUGAAGCACAUUACUAUCUCGGUGAUUACUCAAAAGCCAUUGAGACAGCGAUUCGAGUAACGAAACACUACGAAUUCCCAACAUUCCGUUCACGAGCGCUUAUGAUCCUUGCCAUGUCUUAUAUAAAACGAAUGAAUUAUAAGAAAGCUUACGAAUAUAUCAUGGAAACCCUCGAUGUUCAAGAUCUAUGUGUUCCAAUGCUCGAAAACGUUGCCUUACUAGGUGUCCAUUUAUCAUAUGUGAUGAACAAUAUUCCGAUGCUUCAAGUAUUCCUUGAAAAUUGCAGUAAAUUUGUGUCGAGUGCCGAUGUCGUCAUAUGCGGUGGCGGAAUAUCGGGGACUUCUCUUGCCUAUCAUCUAGCAAAACGGGGAAAGAAAGUAUGCCUGUUUGAACGAGAUUCUGUUGGUUGCCAAGGUGCAACCGGAUUAUCGGCCGGAUUGGUGUCAGCACCGAUAUUCUGGCAGGAUGCCAACAUCCAGACCGUCGCUCAAGAAUCGCUGAAAUUGUAUUCGAAUUUGGCGCAGACUUGCAAAUUCCGAUAUGUAAAAUGCGGUCGAACGUAUUUUGCAUCGACGAUGUCGAACGAGAUUCUGCUUCGAAGAAUGUACAGCCGCGGAAUUGUUCAGAAUGACAACGUCGAGUUGAUCGAUUGCCAGAGUGAAAUGCUCGCGAGAUGGCCGUUUCUUGAAACCGAAGAUAUUCAACUUGCGCUAUUUUCACCCGAAGACGUUGCGUUAGACGCCGUCGCUCUUAGUCAACAAUUAGCAGAAGUUGCGAAAGAACACGGCGCGAAAAUAUUCGAGAAUUGUCCGGUUACCGACGUCCAUCUAGGAGAUGAACGGCAAGUAUAUGGUGUCGAUACCAAAAACGGAUUUGUCGAGACUUCGCAUUUCGUUGAUGCUGCUGGAAUUUGGGCUGGAACAGUUUUGUGCAAGUCUUUACCCCAUCAGCACAUUCAAACCGCCACCUAUCCUUGUACAUAUACGUAUAUACACACUUCGAAGUUACCCACUGGAGCUGUUAGUGAUCUUACACCAAUUUUCAACGAUUUGGAUGGAAAUGUGAUGAUGCGAGCCACUUCGUUCAAAACGCUUUGCGCUGGCUUCGCUGAGCAGAGCAUUCGACCAUUGGCUCGACAGUCGGACAACACGACACCUUGGCAUCAACCAGAACCGGACUGGGCUAAAUUUGAUAAAAAUCUCGAAAAGCUGAUUCACCGAUGCGGAAUGCUCGGAGAAGUCAAUCACGGUGAUCUGAUUUGUGGAAUGGAGUCUUAUACACCGGAUAAGCUACCGACAAUUGGAGAAAGUAGUCAGGCGAAAGGUUACUAUGUGAUGUGUGGCAUGAACGGACAAGGACUCUCUUUGGCCGGAGGACUCGCUAAACUCUUGUCUGAGAUCAUUUGCGAUGGUGUUGCUAAGACCGCCGAUGUAACUCGAGUUGAUGUUGGAAGAUUCAUUGAUCUUCACGCGAAUAGCCAAUAUCUCAUCGAACGGACUCCGGAAAUCGCUGCUCAAACUUAUAUGAAUCUAUAUUCUUCACAUCAAUGUCAUACUGCGAGAAAUUUGCGAAUGGCGCCGAUAUAUCACCAAUUGAGGGAUGCUGGUGCUGUUUUUGGCGAAAUUAUGGGUUACGAAAGGCCGCUAUGGUUUGAAAAAUCGCCAAAACCUGGAAGGAAUGCUCUUCUGCAAGGUCAGGAUGCACUCAUUGGAAAACCGGAGUGGUUUGACAGAGUUUCGAGUGAGUAUGAGGCUUGUCGCGAACGAGUCGGACUCAUCGACAUGAGCAGCUUCAGCAAAUACGAUAUAACGGGUCCCGACUCGGUGAAAUUCCUACAGUACCUGUGUUCGGCAAAUGUCGAUGAGCCUGUGGGAACAACCGUUUACACGGGAAUGCAACACAAAAUGGGAGGAUAUGUGACGGAUUGUACCUUGAGCAGACUCGGAGAGAACAAAUUCUUCAUGGUUGCUCCGACAAUUCAGCAAGAACGGUGUCUUGUUUGGAUGAAAAAAUGGAUCGAUCGAAUGGGAGUCAAAGUUCACGUGCAGGAUGUGACCGGCGCCUAUACCGCGCUUGAUUUGAUCGGACCUUCCUCGAGAUAUUUGAUGAGCGAUGUCACCGGAUUGGCGAUGUCGACUGCUGAAUUCCCAACAUUCCGUUGUCAAGAAAUCAACAUUGGAAUGGCUACGGGAAUUCGUGCAAUAAGUGUGACUCAUUGUGGUGAACUCGGAUGGGUCAUUUAUAUACCAAAUGAGGUCGCUCAAAAUGUGUACGAGAAGGUGCUCGACGCCGGCCAGGAAUACAGUCUGCAGCAUGCAGGAUAUUAUACACUUCGUCAGUUGAGAAUUGAGAAAUUCUACGUAUACUGGGGACAGGAUAUCAAUGCAACGGUGACGCCGGUUGAAUGCGGAAGAAUGUUCCGAGUUGAUUUUAAGAAAGACUUUAUUGGAAAACAAGCAUUGCUCGAGCAGGUCGAGAAAGGGGUCUCGAAGCGAUUUGUACAGUUGCUCAUUGAUAGUCACGAUAAGGAAACGGAUCCGUGGCCACAGGGUGGAGAGACUUUAUAUAGAGACGGAAGGCCUUGUGGAUUGACGACGUCAGCGGCAUACGGAUUCACGCUUGGAUGCCAAGUGUGCAUCGCAUUCAUCGAAAAUAAGGAAUUCGGAGUGUCUGCCGAUUUCAUUAAUCGCGGAACUUAUGAGCUCGACAUUGCUGGAAAACGAUUCCCGUGUCGUGUGAAUUUGCACUCGCCGACGCUUCCGAUGAUUUCGUCCGAACAUCCGCUACAUUAUCGGCCGACACAAUAA